AAAAAAAGAAGCACGUUACUCUUUCUCCUACUUUCUCAAAUCCAUUCGUAUAUAUCACACACCAAAAAAUCCUUAAAACUCCAAACUUACCUCCAACCUCCAGCCUCCCCCGCCGCGAGAAUCGCCGGAACUCUAAUCCCCGCCACCGUGAACGAUCGCCGAGAAAUUCACCUCCCCUGAGGCAAAGAAUCCCCGUCGAACAAACCGAUGGCGAAGAAGAGGAAGUCGGUGGCGUCGAGCCUGGACGAGGUGGAUCGGACCAUGUACUCCACAUUCAGCAGCACCGCCAAUUCCCUUACUCAGCUUUACACUCAGGCCAUGAACCAACAAAAGCUUUCCUUUCAGGCCGGUGAACGCCAUGGCUUGGAAAAACUUUAUCACUGGAUCUUGAGACAGCAAGAGGGUGGAUCAAGAGUGGCAACAAUUGAUGUGAUUAACUAUCUCCAGAAUGAACUGGAUUAUUCUGGGGAAGAACCUCCCGUUUCACCAAGAGCACCUGCACAACAACAUUUGCAGUCUGCACAGUUUGGAAACUCUGCUGUCCUGGUUUCUUCUGGUUCAUCUGGAGUGCUUCCUGCUGCUCAGUCAUUUCGACCCGAGCCUUGUGAUUCACAACCGAAAAAUUAUGUGUUCUCAAAUGCUCUUUCAAGCCCCGUCCGCCGUAGUCUUCAGAAUUAUCAUGUUUCUCCUGGGGGCUACUUCCAAAGUAGUGGUCAACCAGCCGCAAAUGGAAAUAGAGGCAAUGAAUCUGGUUUCAUUCAUCCACACAGUAGGGAUCCGAAUCCUGGAAAUUCAAAUGAUUCCACCAUGGAUAUGCAUGCAGAUUAGUCCAGAUCAUGAGUCUAGUUACUGAAACUUGCAUACCGUGAACUGCAUCAUGUGUGUUUUGCGAAAAAGGUAUUGGAAAAAGGUAUUCAUGUUUGUUUUUGAUGUCAUCAUUACUGCAGUUCCGACAAUGAUCAAUUGGGAGUGUUUGGUUGGCUGUUAUAAACAAGGUGGAGCUAGGUAGAUUGUGAAGUUGGAGUUUGGCAUGAUUAAUGUUUUAACUUUGUGGACUGAUGAACCAAGACAGCGACAUGAUGAGAUUGAAAAUGUACUCAAUUUGUUGACCAGUUAGUUGUUGUUUUCCUUCUAGUUGUAUGUAAAUUAAGAAGUUCUCUUAUAGAUUUACAUAGGAGUAUCUGAAUGUCUAUGUUUUCAGCAUUUCUUUUUUAUAGUUUUUCCCACUCUUCUGUUUGGGGACAAAGGGACUCAAUUGAAUAAUAGGGAGGAGAAGAACAAAUUCUGAUUAAAAAUUUUAUUAGUCUGAUAUUAUUUUUUUAAAAAACAAAACAGGAUCUAGAUGUUAGAGAAAUUUUUUAGAGAAAAAAAAAUGAAGAAAAAGUCGCUACAAAUCUACAAUUAUUGUUUGAGCAGCAAUCCAAAACCGUGGAAAAAGGGCCAGAACACAAAAUAAUAAUCAAACGAAGAUUAAUAACAUGUACGAUUUCACCGAUGGGGAAUGAUUUGAAGGCC